ACCUGGCUAAGACGGGCUGUUUCCAUGGGCGGGCGCCGAGUCAAUCUCAAUCUCAGGAGCUAAGUUAAUGUGGAGGAACAUGCCAUGCCGGCAUCGAGUGGAAUGUAUGUAUGUAUUGUUCAUUAAUAUGAUAGUGUGCGUCAACUUUGAUGUUUAAUAAAGAGAAAACGAUGUAUACUUUGAUGAGAGUGAAACAAUCCCUCGUGUUUCCGUUCCCAUCGUGUUGGUACGUAUGGAUGUAUGGACGUAUCUAGUAUUAUUUAUUGCUGGACGGGGGGUUUCCAGGUUUCCAGGGCUGCUCCUGGCUUGUUUCACGCUGCCAGGAACCAGGAACCCGCCUGUCAUGGCAGCCUAUAGCAGCCGAUAGCAGCCUAUCACAGCCUAAGAACACCCUAAGAACAGCCCGGUUGCAGCCCGGUUGCAGCCCAUCGCAGCCCAGCCCAGCCCGCGGGCUUGGCUCAUUUCACAUCCCUCGUUCACUUUUAUGCUGGGAGACGACGACGGACAUCAGCCAGUCCUCCUGACACAGUUAUGUCUUUCUUUCUCUUCUUCUCUUCUCUCUUCUAUUAUUCUCUCUUACUCUCUCCUCUCCUUUAGUUACAUAUAUACCGCCGCCUCUCCUUUCGGCUUCUUCCCUGCCCGCUCUCCCGCGUUCUUGUUCUUCUUCUUCUUCGCUUUCCAUCCUUUUGUUGCUGUGCACUUUUCGCUCCUUCAAAGUGCGCCUGCCAACCUGCUUGCCUCCUUGCUGUUCUCGUCACUCCUUUUCGCGUGUGUCAGAAUCUUGCCUCCUCCAGGAAAACCUGUAUACACUCUCUUCCGUCUGCCUUGGUCAGAUUCUGCUCUCCGCCCGUCCAACUCCCCCUCUCUGUCUUCCCCUCCCCCACCUCCCCCCUCUCAUCGCUCACAGUUGAUCUGUGUGUGUGAAAUUACAAAAGAGAAAGACAAUCAUCAAAGAACGUCGCCAAUUAUCGCGUCCUUCGUUUCUCUAAAUCUUCCUUCGUGACCCCCUAUAUUGUCCUGGCUGAUAUUCCCAACACCCGACGACGACGACUUGACGACGACGUCCCCUACGACCCCGACAAUUUUUUUUUAUAUUCUAUUGAUAUCUCUCCUACUUGGGUAGAAGGGAAACAAUUGAAGAAGAAAAAGAAAAGGAAAAGAGCAAGACAAUUUCAAAUAUCAGAAACUAGAAACCAUGCGAUCCUCCCUCCUCCUCUCUGCCUUCUUGGCCGCCGGUGCGCUCUCCUCCCCGCUCCUGCCCAGAGCCUACGAGACCGAUCUCACCAUCGUCACCGUCACCGAAUACGUAACUGCCGGCGCUGCCACUCCCACUCCCACUCCUCCCCCGGCGCCUGCUCCUGAUGCUCCCCCCAAGGAUGAGGGCUCUGCCCCCCCUCCUGCCCCCGAGCCCAAGCCCGAGCCCGAGCCCAAGCCCCAGCCCAAACCUCAACCACCACCAAAGGAGCCAGUGAACAAGCCUCCUCCUCCCCCCCCAACCUACGGCAAUGACUACCAAUCCAAGGUGCUCUACCACCACAACAUCCAUCGCUCCAACCACUCCGCGCCCGCCCUCACCUGGGCCAACAACCUGGCCAGCUACGCCCACACCGUUGCCUCCAAAUGCGUCUUCGAACAUGAUACCUCCGUCGGCGGCGAGUCCUACGGCCAAAACAUCGGCUACGGCAUCCCACCCCAGGACAUCGGCAAGAUGAUUACAAACAUGAUGUACAACGACGAGGCUGGCCUGUUCGCUGGCAUGUACGGCCAAGCCAACCCAGACAUGAGCAACUUCUCGAAAUGGGGUCACUUCACCCAGAUCGUGUGGAAGGGCACUACCGUUGUCGGCUGCGCUACUGUCAAGUGCUCAAACCAUCUGCGCUGGAAUACCGUUUGCAACUAUGGGCCUCCUGGUAACUUCGGCGGCAGAUAUGCUCAGAACGUCCUCCGGCCAAACGGUGCUCAGAUGGCUGUUGCUUAGAUUUGCUACUGAUGCCUCUGCUGAUGCUACUACUGCUGUUGAUUCUAUUCUUUCUUUCUCUGCAAAAAAUUGUAGUAGUGGUUUUAACUCGGGAGGGGGCUAGCUUCCUUCCCUCAUCGCAUCCGUCGUCAAUCCAAUUUACAUCGUUCAUCGUCAACUUUUCGGCUUUUUACUUUUACUUUUCUUUCUGCUCUCUCUCUUUUACCAUUACCGCCGUUUCUUGCCUCUCACUCGCUUUGUUUUCUCCUGUUCAUUAUCCUUUUUCUUCCGUCUCCCUUGGUUUCCAUUCUCUUUGUCACCUUUUUGCCGGUCUUCAUUUCCAAAAAAUUUCUUCCUUCCCUUCUUUUUUUUUUCCGUUCUGGCUUCCUUGAACAGAACAAAACGUAACCUCACCACUUUUCUUUUAUCACUGUUUGAUUUCAUGGAAUGAGCUAUGCCCAUGGGACGAACAAGAGAAGAAGAGAGUUAACUUGAUUCUGGUCCCAUCGUUGUUUUGUUUCCCCUCGCGACAAAGCACGAAAGAAAUGUCAAUACCCCGGCAAGAGGCCAGGCUCCAGGAAGGGAUCACGAGGCGGAUGGGAUGGAUGAGAUUGGAAAUGACGGGAGUAAACGGGAGUAAACGGGGAAAAGAAAAGAAAGGAAAGGAGGGUUGAGAGAGUAAGGGAACAGAAAGGAAGAAAGAAAGAAAGAAAGAAAGAAAAAAGGUCCAAAGUGGCGUUGAGCUUUUGGUUGAAUUUGGGUUGAUUGCGACUGAUUGAUUGAUGAUUUGUUAUUUUUAUUUUUUUACUCUUUUCUUAUUCUUUUGUUUUAUUUUUUUAUAUUCCCGCCGCGGACAUAUAUAGUUAGUUACAUAUAUAUAUAUAUUUAUAUUAUUAUUCUG